UAACCUUUAAAAAUUAUUUUAGAAUUAAAGUUAUGGCAAAAAACAAGCAGGUAGAAAGUGCGAAUCACAUUUGGUUUGCUUUUGUAGCAGAUCUAGCAGAUUUGUCACUAACUUUUUUAAUAGAACAGCAAACACUAGUAGCAUUAGAACAAUAUAGCAUGACCUUCUCUACUAUUGGAUUUUAAAAAGCCCUGAAACAGAACCAGCCCAGACUUUACUUAGCGAGAAUUGAUCUACAUCAUGGUAGUUUGAUUUCCAGUUCAACAAACAGGAAUAUAUCAUAUGUUGCUUUGGGUCAAUGAAAGCCCAUGCUCAUCCACUGAACACUCAAUACCAUGGAAAAUUUGUAUGUCCUAUAGAUUCUCUUCAUUGGUAUGGUUAAUUAAAAUGAUGAGAAUUUGCAAUUGAAUUAAUGAUGAAAUAUAUGCAUGAUUCGGGGUGCAUAUGGGACAAAAUGUGGUGGGUUCAUUGUUAUGCUUUCCAAAGAUAUGCCUGUUGCCUUACAAGUUAGAGGAUUUAUGGGAAUCCCUCUUUCAGUGCACAUAUUUGACACACAGACACUAAAGUAAAUGGAGCUGCUGUCAAAAGGCUCCAUUUCCUCAGUUAAGCCAGAGGGUGCUGUGCCUGGAAGACCAGCCAAGCAAAAGGGGGGUGGCAGGGUGAAAGAAGAAAGAGCAUGCAGUGCAUGCACCACUGCAUGUGCGCCAGAAGUUGGAACUGAUGCAGAGAGGACCCUCUCUGGAGAUUUGAAUAUGAACAGUUACUCAAAACGCUGCAGCUCCAGUGAGGACAGCUUUGAGUUACAGGGCAGCACAAGGUCAGAAGCUAAAAGCUUUGUUAAAAGCAAAAAUAAGGAUGAAGGCUAUCGACCCCAUCGAUCAAAGCACUGUCAGAAAGAGGGUGAAAAAACUCACGGACUGGAACACUCUUCUCUGUAUCCAGCAGAAGUGGGAAACACAAGCCAAAAGAUCCAGAGGCAGAAGAAGACCCACAAGAAAAGCAGUUCCUCUACAUCUGACUUGAGCUUGGUGAGUCAAGGAUCAUCAAGUUCAUUGUCUGUUGUUGAAGAAAAAAUAGAAGCUAAACUCAAAUUCUCUCAAUUUAUUAAUGAAGUUACUUUCAGAGUGCUUGAUCCCAUGAGCCUGAGGGCAUACCGAGCUGCUAAACUGAAAAAUACUUUUCCAUCCAGUGUGAGAAGCCUAGAUGGUUUUCAUAUUAAGAGAAAGUCUCCUGAAAACAUUCUACAUGGGAAGACCCAUGAAGAAGUAGACUUAGAGACCCUGAGAAGUGACGACAUCGUGGCUGGAGCACGACCACACAAAUUAGAGAAAUCGUUGUCCCUGGAUACAAGUCCCUCUCUCAGGUCAUUUGAUAAUGGUGUCUCAUGCAGAACAAGACCUGGCUUGCCAGUAGAAAUUAUGAUUUCUCAAAGCAAAGGAAUGCCAGCCACAAAAUCUGCGUCUCUUCCUAGAAGUACAAGCAUGGCCUCUGCGGCAGAAAUGGAGAAAAUAAGGGUACGAAAUUCCUGGGUGCCAACCUGCCUAUGGCAACCUAGAAUUCUCCAGGGCAGGCUCGCAAAAUCUUCACCUACUCUCUGGGACAGUACUUUGCAAGAACAGAAGGGGGAAUUACGAAAGCGCCUAUCGUACACUACCCAUAAGCUGGAAAUGCUUGAAACAGAGUUUGACUCUACACGUCAGUAUCUUGAAAUAGAAUUGAGACGUGCUCAGGAGGAACUUGAAAAAGUAACUGAAAAACUGAGGAGGCAGGUGAUUACUCCCCUGAAGACAUAUCAUAAUGGAAGCCAAAAAUAUUUUACGAGGAUACAAAACAAUUACCUAGCCUUACAAAGAAUUAAUCAGGAUCUGGAGGAUAAACUUUACAGAAUGGGUCAACAUUACGAAGAGGAAAAACGGGCUUUGAGCCAUGAAAUAAUUGCACUCAAUAAUCACUUAAUAGAAGCCAAGGUGACAAUAGAUAAGUUGUCAGAAGACAAUGAGCUCUACAGGAAGGACUGCAAUUUAGCUGCUCAGCUUCUCCAGUGCAGCAAGAACUAUGACAGGGCACAUAAACUUUCAGAGUUGCCAACUGACUUUCAGGAAAGAGUCAGCAUCCACCUGGAAAAACACGGGUGCAGCCUUUCUGUCCCCUUGUGCCACACUUCUUAUGCCGACACCAUACCCACUUGCGUCAUUGCCAAAGUACUGGAAAAACCAGACCCACACAGCUUGUCCUCACACCUGUCAAGCCCAUCCACAAGGGAUCUCAAUUUUCAGGACCCUGCUGGAAAAGUCGGACAAAGACCCCAGUACAAGUCCGACAUCUACUGCAGUGACACGGCCCUUUACUGCCCCGAGGAGAGGAGGAGGGAGAGGCGGCAGAGUGUGGACACGCAGGUGAAAGACGUGGGGUUCCUGCGGUCCCAAAACUCCACGGACAGCACUGUGGAAGAGGACGGUUUCCAUUCCAGCUUCUCCCACGAAGCCUUCCCAGAGUACAUUACCUCUCUGCCAACCUCCAGCUCCUACUCCAGCUUCAGCGUCACGUCUGAGGAGAAGGAGAACGCCCAAGCCAACACUCUGACAGCCUCACAGCAGGCAAUCUACAUGAGCAACCGAGAUGAGCUGUUUGAAAGGAAGUCACCCGCGGGUUACGAGCAUCAGGGGAGCCCCAGGUUUGCCAAGCCCAAACCCGCGCAGCACAUGGAGCUUGCUGAUGACAACGAGAACUCACCCACUUUUACCAGGACUCUGCCUCCAUAUGCAAACGAACCUUUUCAUUUCUCAGCCAUAACACCACAACAGGCUUUGGCAAACCAGAAAAUGAGGAACGAGUGCAGGAGCACCCACCUUUCAGAAGAAGACUUGCCAGGGCGAUGGAGGCAGCUGAGCGUGGAGGACAUUGGAGCGUACUCCUACAGGAACGCUGGCAGGCUGUCACCCUGCAGCUUCUCAGAGCAGUACUACAGCAGCCCCAUCAAGAAGGGGGACAGUCGAACAAGCCCCAUCUAUGCUAGUUACAAAGCAGACAGCUGCUCAGAGGGAGAUGACAUCUGCCAAAGCAGACUUGUGGAUUCUUGCUUCCUGAGAACAGACAGUGGCCUGAACAUUGACAUCAGCACAAGCUGUAAACAGGACAAAUUGCCCACUUACAAAACAAAAGAAUCAAGAGACCAAAAAAACGAAAGGAUCACUGUCCAGUUAUGCAGUAGCAAAAACAUCGAAAAUAGCCCGGUAUUGAAAAGAGAAUACGUGGACGUGAGCCCCAACAGCUCAGCAGAGUCACUCAAUCAGAGCUCAGUCGAGGCUCCAGAAAUCCACCAGUCUUCCAUGGAUCAAGGAAGCCAUUCGGGUGUUCACAGCAAACAGCCGCAGUUCCAGCGGACUGGGAGCACUGGUCUGAGUCGGAAGGACAGCCUUACAAAAGCACAGUUAUACGGAACCCUUCUGAACUAGGCGUCUCCCCAAAUGGCAAUAAGACAGCAAGCAAAAGGAAGAAAAGAGCAUUUGAUACUUCUAGUGGACAAUAAGGUUCUAAGAAACAGGAUUAUUAUGAAAUAUAUAUUCAUAACGGUACUAUAUGUUUAAAACAAAAUCUCUUCAAAAACGUUAUACAGCACUUUUCACUUGACAUCCUUUCCACAUGGGAGACUGUCCCCUCCCCUCUUUUAUAAACCUGAAAUAUUUUUAUAAACAAAAAUGUAUUUAUUAGACUAUCCUAAGCUAUUUGAGCAGAAUUCUUUUCCCUUCAAGCAGGUUUCUUAUUUAUUUUUGUGCAUGAGGCCAUCUGUGCCUAAAUUCUUGGAGGAAAAGGGUAAAAUCAUGAUGACAGUGACAAAAAAAAAUAAACCCACCUGAUAAAAUACCAUAAAAUGUCAUGUGAAAUCAAAAAAAAAAAAAAUAAGAAUGUUGAAUUUGAAGAAGUAUAUUUUUUAACAAGAAUGGAAUUGUAUCUUAAGUUAUUUCAUACAAAUGUAUUUAUGAGUGACUAAUGUAUGCACAAAGUGAUACUAAUAUUUUGUUCUUUUAAUCCACUGUGUUUCUGCUUUCCUAUUUUUCCUUGUAUACUACCUCAAAAGUAAUUGAGGGUUUCUUUGUCACAUUUUCUGUAGGCUUGCAUUUAUAUUGUCUAAAAUGCAUGCAGUGUCAUAAUUAAUACUGUAUUUUGCAUAACUUAAUAAAAGACACCAGUGGAUAUA